AUGUUCAGACAGAUAACUAGACAAUCAGCAAUUUCCCCAAGAUUCACCAGAUCUUAUAUUGCCGGUCAAUUUACCGGAAGCAAGAAGUCUAAUGGUAAGUAUACCGUGACCUUGAUCGAAGGUGAUGGUAUCGGUCCUGAAAUCUCUCAAUCCGUUAAGGAUAUCUACGCCGCUGCCAAGGUCCCAAUCGAAUUUGAAUCCGUUGACGUUACUCCGUUAUUAAUUGAUGGUAAGACCACUUUACCACAACCAGCUGUUGAUUCAGUCAACAAAAACUUAGUUGCAUUAAAGGGACCAUUAGCUACCCCAGUUGGUAAGGGUCACACCUCUAUGAACUUGACCUUGAGAAGAACUUUCAACUUGUUUGCCAAUGUUCGUCCAUGUAAGUCGGUUGUCGGAUACGAUACUCCAUACGAAAACGUUGAUACCGUGUUAAUCAGAGAAAACACCGAAGGUGAAUACUCGGGUAUUGAACACACUAUCGUUCCAGGUGUUGUGCAAUCGAUCAAGUUGAUCACCAAGCCAGCCUCCGAAAAGGUUAUUAGAUACGCUUUUGAAUACGCCAAAUCUAUCAACAAGCCACAUGUUCUUGUUGUGCACAAGGCCUCCAUCAUGAAGUUGUCCGAUGGUUUGUUUGUUUCCACUGCCAAGGAAAUCGGUAAGGAAUACCCAGACAUCAAGUUAGAUUACGAAUUGUUAGAUAACACUUCUUUGAAAUUGACUGCUGACCCAGCGGACUAUAAGGAUGUUGUCAUGGUCAUGCCUAACUUAUAUGGUGAUAUCAUGUCCGAUUUAUCAUCUGGUUUAAUCGGUGGUUUAGGUUUAACUCCAUCGGGUAACAUGGGUAACAAGGUCUCCAUUUUCGAAGCCGUCCACGGUUCUGCUCCAGAUAUUGCCGGUAAAGGUUUAGCUAACCCAACCGCUUUAUUAUUAUCUUCAUGUAUGAUGUUGAGACACAUGUCUUUAAACUCUGAUGCUGACAAGAUUGAAAAGGCUGUCUUAGAUACCAUUGCUUCCGGUAAGGAAAACAGAACUGGUGACUUAUACGGUACUUCUUCCACCCAAAACUUCACCGAACAAGUUAUUACCAGAUUAUAA